AUGAAUCCUAAGAACAUCUCUGCCUGGAAUAUGAAGAGGCUGGUGAAAAUAGUUCGACAUGGUGUCAUAUCUACCCUGGAUGAGCAGAUACUAGAUACAACACAAGAAGAUGAGUCUACAACACAGAUUAGAAGUGAAUUUGAGGCAAAAGUGGCGGCUAGGAAGAUAUUCCAAAAUGUGGCAAGGCCUAGGUCCAAGCCUCAUGGUGGUAAUAUGUUACAAUCCAGUUCAUCUAUAUGCAAGAUGAUGCGUUUCUUGCGAGAAGAUGAGGCUUUGAAGACCAUGAGUGUCAUGGACGGAUCAUCUGAAAGCGAAAGAAUCAGCAAAUCAACCUUGAAGAAUUGGGUGGUCAAUGCUUUUAGAGAACGAAGAGCGCUUGCCUUGACACUUAAUGAUACAAAAACAGCAGUCAACAAACUUCAUCAUAUGGUGAAUGUACUGGUUGGCAUCACUAUUGUGGUUAUCUGCCUUGUAAUACUAGAAAUUGCAACAAGCAAAUUUCUACUCUUUGUAAGCUCUCAGAUCGUCGUGGUGGCAUUUAUAUUUGGCAACACAUGCAAGACAAUAUUUGAAGCUCUCAUAUUCUUGUUUGUGAUGCACCCAUACGAUGUGGGUGAUCGGUGUGAAAUUGACGGAGUUCAGAUGAUUGUUGAAGAAAUGAAUAUCUUAACUACUGUCUUUCUGAGAUAUGACAACCAGAAGAUUAUAUUCCCAAACAGUACUCUUUCAACAAAACCCAUCAGUAAUUAUUAUCGUAGUCCAGAUAUGGGAGAUGCGGUUGAGUUCCAUGUACAUAUUGCAACUCCAGCCGAUAAGAUUGCCAUAAUGAAACAAAAAAUAACAAGUUAUAUUGAAAUCAAGAAGGACCAUUGGUAUGCAUCUCCAACAGUUGUGCUGAUGGAGCUGGAGGGGCUGAACAUGAUGAAGAUGGCAGUAUGGCUGAGACAUAGAAUGAACCACCAAAAUAUGGGGGAGAAGUGGCAAAGGAGAGCCCUUUUGGUUGAACAGAUGGUUACAAUUUUUAAAGAGCUUGACAUCGAAUACCGCUUGCAUCCCCUUGACAUCAACAUUCGCACCAUGCCUACGGCGAGUUCCGCUCGGCUUCCCUCUACUUGGGAAGCUUCUCCUUCAUGA